UAUGGUCUUGCUCUCCUCUGUAAUCCCCCGAGCUCCUCCCCUCAGUGCGUGCAGAGCUUCAUUUGAUCAAAUCCUUCAAGUUGGAGCGCUUCGCUGAAUCACACUUUUCCCACAACAUCUCAACUGUGGCUGCCUCACCGCGCUGCAACUUGUACGAGGACUUGUUUCCAUUAAUAACUGACGCUAAACAGAGGAAAAGGACACUGUAUCCUGUUGUUAUCAGCGAUGGAGAGGGGGAUCAGAUAUUGCCGGGUUAAUGUCAGUGCUUUCUGCACCCUGCUUUUGGUUUUGUUCGCUUGGGUUCCGGUGACCAAAACAGUGAUAACUUGCAGGUCAUGUCACCUGCUGGAUAAGUGGAGCGGUCGGGAAUUACUGGUGAGGAUGGAGAGUGGUGUCGACUCUGGUAAAGUUAGUGGGGAAAAUGGAGACGGGUCAACGGCGCUGUUUAAUUCGGCUGGUGCUGAAACUGCUCAGCCCGACUGCGGAGCAACCGAACACGGCGAACACGCUCACUCUGGGCUUAAAAGGAAUACAGACAGGCUUCUCUCAGAGAAAACGCCUCCAGAUGAUAAACGGAAGUCGGUUCGCAGUAAUUGCAAAGUUUAUAAUCUCAAACGGGAAGGUUCUCAAGGUUCAGCCCCUGGAGAUCACCAUCACCGAGUGCGUAGAAGCACCCAGGGACCCGGCUCGCCCGCAGGUGCGCGCUCUGCGCCGACUGUUGGCAACAGCACCGCGCCAGCUGCGCGCCGAGUCCCCCGCUCUGAGCCGAGGUGGAGCAGGGAAGAGCGGAGAACGGCCACUUCACGACAGGAGGAGCUGAAACUUACCAGCUCUACAUUUGCACUGACAGGGGAUUCCGCUCACAACCAAGCCAUGGUGCACUGGUCCGGCCAAAACAGCAGCGUGAUCCUAAUGCUGACCAAACUGUACGACUUCAAUCUGGGAAGUGUCACGGAAAGCUCUUUAUGGAGGUCAACAGAUUACGGAACCACUUAUGAGAAACUCAAUGAAAAGGUGGGCGUGAAGACCAUCCUCAGCUAUCUGUACGUCAGCCCCAACAACAAGCGCAAGAUCAUGUUGCUGACAGAUCCAGAGGUGGAGAGCAGUUUGCUCAUCAGCUCAGAUGAAGGCGCCACCUAUCAAAAAUACCGUCUCAACUUCUACAUCCUCAGCCUGUUGUUCCAUCCUGAGCAGGAGGACUGGAUCCUUGCUUAUGGCCACGACCAGAAGCUCUACAGCUCUGUUGAGUUUGGCCGUCGAUGGCAGCUUGUUCACGAGCGGGUGGCGCCCAAUCGAUUCUACUGGUCUAAACUGGGCCUUGAUAAAGAGCCGGGCCUGAUUCACCUUGAGACCACCAUCUCAGAAACACAGGCCCUGUAUGUCACAUGUAAACUUCAGAACUGCACAGAUGCCAACAAGGGCAAACCUUUUCCUGGAUACAUUGACCCCAACUCCCUGGUGGUCCAAGAUGAGUAUGUGUUUGUCCAGGUGUCGACCGGUGGUCGGCCAAUCUACUAUGUGUCAUCCAGGCGAGAUGUGUUUACACCCAUGAAGCUUCCCAAAUACACCCUUCCAAAGGAUCUGCAUGUGAUCAGUACAGAUGAGAACCGGGUCGUGGCGGCGGUUCAAGAGUGGAACCAGAAUGACACUUACAACCUGUAUGUGUCAGAGUCCGGAGGCAUUUACUACACACUGGCUUUGGAGAACGUCAUGAGCAGUAUGGGUCCAGAGGGAAAUGUCAUGAUAGAUCUAUACGAGGUGGCAGGGAUAAAAGGCAUGUUCCUGGCCAACAAGAAGAUAAAUAAUGAGGUGAAGACACAUAUAACCUAUAAUAAAGGCCGAGACUGGAGGCUCCUGCAGGCUCCUUCAGCUGAUCUCAGAGGGAACCGCAUCCAUUGCAUACUGCCGUACUGUUCCCUGCAUCUUCACCUGCAUGUAUCAGCAAACCCGUACACAUCUGGAAAUAUAGCCAGCAGAGAGUCGGCUCCUGGAAUCAUAGUGGCAUCAGGUUCAAUCGGCGCGGAGUUAACGAGCAGCAACGUUAGCAUGUUCAUCACACCCGACGCUGGAAACACGUGGCGGCAGAUAUUUGAUGAAGAGUACAGUGUUCUGUAUCUGGACCAAGGAGGAGCUUUAGUAGCUAUUCGACACACCCCUCUUCCCAUCAGGCACCUCUGGUUGAGUUUUGAUGAGGGGAAAGUGUGGAACAAAUACAGUUUCACUUCAUCUCCCCUGUUUGUGGACGGGGUCUUAGGCGAACCAGGCGAGGAGACGCUCAUUAUGACGAUCUUCGGUCAUGUCAGUCACCGCUCAGAAUGGCAGCUGGUAAAGAUAGACUUCAGGUCUAUCUUUAACAGAAGAUGCAUAGAGUCUGACUAUGUCUCGUGGGAUUUACACGACCAGGGUGAACGCUGCCUCAUGGGAGUCAAAAGAGUCUACCGAAAGCUGAAGUCCAUAGCAAGGUGUGUUAUGGGUAAAACCUACUCCGUCACGAUGAUUUCCCAGCCGUGUGACUGCACUGAGUCGGACUUUGAAUGUGAUUAUGGUUUCGAGAGAAGGACUGAUGGGAAAUGUACUCCAGCAUUCUGGUUCUCCCCCUCCUCCAUGUCUCGGACCUGCACCACAGAACACACGUUCCUCAACAGCACUGGGUACAGAAAGGUGGUGUCUAACAACUGCACCGGUGGGGUAAUGGAGCAGUACACGGCUCGUAGGCAGCUGUGCCCUAGCCAGGCCCCUCGCGGCCUCCACUUAGUGACCAGCGAAGGGAAGCUAACAGCUACUCUGGCCAGCAACGUCACCUUACUUGUGUUCCUGGAGGAGGGUGAUGGAUCUAAAACCAGCAUCACGGUGGAUUUCGGUGAUGGAAACGCCUUCACCUACUCCAACGUGAGCUCUAUUGAAGAUGGCAUUAAACACAUCUACAAGAACGUGGGAAUCUACCGAGUGUCAGCCACGGCGGAAAACAGUCUGGGCUCUGAAACUGUGCUCCUCUUCCUACACAUUACAUCAGGUCAUCUGGAAUCUGUUCAUCUCUCCGCCCCUUUUGUCGCUGUGAAAAAUAAAGAAGUCAAUCUGACGGUGGUUCUCUGGCCUAGCCAAGUGGGAACAGUCACCUAUAUCUGGUGGUUUGGGAAUAAUUCAGAGCCCGUGAUCACGCUGGAGGGGAGUGUGGCGUUCACAUUCUCUCAAGAGGGAAUCAGUGUUGUCACUGUGCAGGUUUCCGCCGGGAAUAACAUCCUACAAGACAGGAAAACUGUUGCUGUCCAUGAAUACUUCAGAUCUCAUCUUCUUGCCUUUUCAUCCAAUCUGGAUGAUCACAACCCUGAUGUGUCCGAAUGGAGGCUUGAUGUGAGUCGAGUCAUUAAAACCUCUAUGGUGCAGGCGACAGGAGUGAAUCCUGAACAGCUGUUGGUCACUGUGUUGCCUGGACUUCCCACAACGGCCGAGUUCUUCCUGUUACCGGACAAACACCUGACAGAGGGCAAGCCAGACAAAACAGCCACUCAUUUAGACCAGCUCUCAGAACUGGUGCUCAGUGCUCUGAAUCAGAAUCUGGUUCAGUUCACACUCAGACCAGGAGUCCAGGUCACGGUAUACGCUGCUCAUUUAUCAGCAGCGCCUCUAGUGGACACAAGCGAGAAUCACAGCGGCUCAGCUAUGCUCAUGCUCCUCUCUGUGGUGGUGGUGGGUUUAGCAGUGUUCCUCAUCUAUAAAUUCAAAAGGAAGAUCCCAGGCCUCCACAUCUAUGCAGCGAUGCAGGACGAAAAAGAGCAAGAAAUGAUCCAGAGUCCAGUUUCUCCCACUGACAGCACACCCAGCUGCAGUUCUCAGAGAGAGCUGCUCACACCACUGGAACCUCUGGACACAGAGCCCAACACCCAGACCAUCGAAUGCAUCAAACCUCAUCCACGCGUCAAAUUCUCAUCAGAUCUUCCUACGUACAUCGACGUUUGAACUCUAGACUCCGCCACGUCAAGGACUUUGGUCACGCGGACACAAAGGUUUCAAGCUUUAUUCAGUACUUGUGCAUGUUGGACAUUAACUUUACUGUGCUCUGUGAAUACUAGAACAAACUUUGUACAGCUUUUUUAUAUGUCUGUGUAUUCAAUAAAUCAUUUUUAAUGCUGUUCAUUUGUAAAGACGCCAGUGUGUAUAAAGUUGGAGGGAAAGGCCAGCAUGAGGGGUGGAAAAUCGAUUCUUGGUUAACUGUCCGUUUAUUUUUUAUUGUUACCAGUGGCAGUACAGUAUUCAUGAGAGUAAAACAUGGAUGUGUGACAUUUUGGAAGUGUUUUAAUAAUAAACUGUACAUUUAUUAAUGAUUAUUGUAAAACGAAACAUUUCCUGGGUUUCAUUUUGUAAAGCUAUAUUUAGCGCAUCUGUACUUUACUUGUAACACAAUAAUAUAGGUUUUAUUAUUUGACUCAGUUUUUUUUUUUUUUUUUUUUUUGCUUCUCUGCAAUUUUAAAGUAUUUUUCUCAUAGUAAAAUCAAUUCUGUAUUUCUAGGUAGAAAUAACUGUUCGUUUACAGAUACAUUUUGUGUAAACGUCCAUAAGACUUUGAGAUACAUGAGAUAUUUUGAUUCAUCAUGGCAAUUUCAUACGUAAACAAUUUUGUAUGAAAUAAUUUGUGCACUCACAGGGGUUACAUGAUUUAUGUUUUGAUUUUGCUUCUUUUUGCAUUUAAAUUCAGUCAUGUCAUACCAAAAGCUGACGGAUAUGAAUGUAUGAAUGUGUAAGUGCGUAUUUAAAUAUUUAAGACUUUUUUCUUUUACUUUGCUCUCUUUAUUUUUUAACAGUAUAAAAUCACAGGGAAGCGAUGAGAAGAUACUUUAACUAAUAAAUUGACUAGUACUAUUCAGAAAUCACUCAAUGCCAAAAUAAUGUCACGUACACCAGGCAUUGCAUUUUAUGACAGAUUAUUUUAUUUUACCUUGUAUAGUUUGAAAAUUGAAGACAGUUGGUAUAUGACUAAUUUGACUAUUUAAAUAGAACAUUUUAAUAAAAAAAAAAUUCUAUCAAAAUACAGUUUGCAUGGACCUGGGGCAACUAUAAAAUGACAUAGAAUUACAUGAUUAUUUGCAUUUUAUUAUUUAUUUGUAUUAUUAUUAAUAUUUACAUGUAGCAUCAUAACUCAUGAGCCAAUGCAUGUCCUCCUGUUUGUUAUAAUGGUGCUGUUACACACAUGGCAGAGAUCAUGCUCCUCACAUUAUCUUUAUGCUAUCAACUGUCCACUAUAGCAUUUUUAUGUAUGGGAUGCUUCCCAUUUCUUCUCUUCUUUCAAUAUUUGAAUAUCAAGGUUAUAUUACAGCUAUUGCCGUUUUUUCUAUUAUCAUACAUCAACGAAUGUUAUCUGUUAUCAUCUUUAUUACACAAAUGGAGACAGCAUGUUUAAAAGGGAAUUUUUAAUGGAUUAUUUUAUUUCAAUUGUCCUUGCCCGUCACCUUUUGUACACUACCUAUAAAUAUCGUGUCAUAGCACUAGAGGAUAUUCAUACCGAGACAAUUCACUAUGGACUUGAUACAAUCACAGUACAGAUUAUAUUUUCAUAAUAUCAUGAGCGCUGCAGUCUGGCGCUGUCUUUGGCAUAUGAGACGACGGACGGCAAGACUCAAGUUAUGAGUCGAAAUUGUCAAUCAAAUGAGUGCAGGGCAUUGUGGGUUGGGGGAGGGGCUAUAAAAUGAGCAAUAGCAAUAUAGUUAAAUUGUUUCUGCUAAAAGACACACAAAAAAAUUGACUAAAUCAAUAUCUGAAGAUCCAGAGUUAAAAAAAAAAACGA